UAUUUUCUAUAAAUAACUAUAGUAUUAGGUCAUAUACGCACAAAAAUAUCUAAGAUUACAUGCUGUUUUCUCAGAAAUAAUUAAAAAAGUUACUAUUUUGAUUCCUAAAUCCUAAUGGCUUCGUGGAAUUCAGUUCCGCUGGAAGUGUUGUACAAUAUUUUGGGAUGGGUAGCGUUCGUCUCAUGGUCCAUCAGCUUUUAUCCUCAAGUCAUUUUGAAUUUUCGUAGGAAAAGUGUGGUGGGAUUGAAUUUCGAUUUUGUGGUGUUGAAUUUGACGAAGCACUCUUCGUAUCUCAUCUACAAUGCUUCCAUGUUCUUCAGUAGCGCUGUUCAGAGGCAAUACCACAGUCGAUAUGGAUCUAACGAGAUGAUACCAGUAGCUGCCAAUGAUGUGGCUUUCUCUGCUCAUGCUGUUCUUUUAACAGCCUUUACCUUGUUUCAGAUUUCUAUUUAUGAUCGCGGAAAUCAGAAGGUUUCGAAAAUUGCUUUAGCAAUUGUAUCCGUUUCUUGGUUAAGUGUUGCAGUUUGUGUGUUUGUUGGUAUCCCUAAGCAUUCUUGGCUAUGGAUAGUGUCUUGCUUCAAUGCAUUGCAGGUUGCUAUGACAGUAACCAAGUACAUUCCCCAGGCUGUAAUGAACUUCCGGCGAAAGAGCACUAUCGGUUUUAGUAUUGGCAACAUUUUGCUAGAUUUGUUUGGAGGAUUAACGAAUUAUGGGCAGAUGGCAGUGCAAUCUAUAGAUCAAAAUUCUUGGGUGAACUUUUAUGGAAACAUCGGCAAGACUAUGUUGUCAUUGGUGUCGAUAUUCUUUGACAUUCUCUUCAUUGUGCAACAUUAUGUGCUAUAUCCUUCGAGGAAAGAAGUUGUUUCUCCUAAUUUAGAUGUGGAAGAACCAAAAGGACAUUGAGGGACGAUGAUUGAUGCUCUAAUUCAGUUGAUGGUUGGAAACAAAGUUAUUACAUGUGUGGCCAUUUGGAGAGUAACGACGAUACAAGUUUACAAGGAAAACUGAAUCUAUAGAAUGUGUAAAAGUCAUCUUGGUGUACCUAAAAUCCACAAUCUUUAUAAUUCCAACAUUCUUCGUUGAGUCGAAACAUAGUUGAAGAAGAUGUAGCCUAUGAUAGUUUGUAAAUUCGCAGGCUUAGCCAUUUAGUUAGAUUAUGUGCAAAUCAAACAAGUAGUUUGUUUGUGGAUUUGGCCCGUCAUUUCUAACGUCAAGCUUGGAGUAGAGAAGUUGAAAAUUGAAAAACAUAUUUUAGUAGCAUUUGAAGUUUACACUCAA